AUGACAUCCUGCAAUGGAACGAAGGACAUCGAUUGGACGGCUUACAUGAUUUCCAACUACUACUGGCCCGGUAUGGGCUCAAACGUUUCUUACCCAGACCCAACUCUCGACGUUGUGUUCGACAGCAAGACAGCUAAGCUCACCCUCAAUGCUUACAUCCAAGCUGUUCAGGGCUGUGAUGAGAGUCCCAAGAAUCAAAACUUUUGCGAUGGGGAAGUCAUUGUCGAGGCUAAGAUGACAAUUACCCUCGAUGGAACCAUCGAUUCUUAUCAUUCCGACGAGCUCAAUACGGAUAGGUCCAAGCCUGCUUGGACCAGAACUGUUGGCGUCAACAACGUUACUAAGCCUGGUGGAACCAGUACUACUAGCAGCGGCAGUAGUGACAAGAAGAAUGGCUCGAGCGGUUGUCAAUACCCAGGCGCAUUCCCGCUUGUCGGCAGUUUUGUCGCACUUCUGUUUUCUCUGUACAUUUAG